AUGUCGACAGAGAAUCGUCAGAUUGUGAAAACGGACGUACUUCUACCGAAUGCAGAGGACCGAGACAAACUGGCUUUCAUUCUUUUGAAUGUUUUCACAUCGAAAGAAUGUCAAGAUUGGAUUGAGUUGACUGAACAACGUGGUUACAGUCCUGCAAAAGUAAAUAUAGGGGGUGGACGCGAAAAGCUAAUGACUGAUUUCCGUGAUAGUGAUCGAUGUAUUAUUGAUGAUGUGAAUAUGGUCAACAUUCUCUUUCAACGUAUCGAAUCACUUUUACCGAAAAUAUACAAUGGUUAUCAUUUGGUUGGCCUUAAUGAACGCCUUCGAUUUCUUCGAUAUGAUCCAGGCCAAAAAUUUGAACCACAUAUGGGUACGACUCCUCAAACAGUUUUCUAUUUGAAUACAAUAUAA